AUGGAUCUGAAAGAUGGUAAACAUCUAGUAGCACCAGCGAUAAAUAACAUCAGUUGCUCCAAUAACCAUGAACCAAACAACCCUAACAUGAACCAACAGAUAGGCCCGUUCGAUGUCAUACAGGCAUUGUUCAUCGUGCUGCUAACGUUUCUGGUCAUCAGCGCUAACCUCAUGGAGAUACUGGUGAUCAACAGCCGCCGCUAUGCUGCCUAUAUUCACCCUCAGCCCCGUUACCUGCUGACAUCGCUGGCCCUCAACGAUCUCGCCAUCGGGCUGCUGAUCAUUCCGUUCAGUGCACUACCUGCCUUACUACACUGCUGGCCUUACGGGGAAAUCUUCUGUCAAAUUCAGGCGUUGCUACGGGGAGCUUUAUCACAACAAAGUGCUGUUAUACUGGUGUGCAUGGCAGUCGACCGAUAUCUGUGCGUGCUACAUCCUCGAAUAUAUCAUAAGCGAUCCAGUAAGAAGGGCUGUGUGGCGAUUUUAAGCGUUACAUGGAUAUUGUGUUUAACCUGCUUUGGAAUGCUGGUGCUUCCUAGAGGUUAUUACUUCAACAAUACGGGUCUGCUGGCAUGCGAGCCGUUCUACAGUAAAUCAUCCUACCGGAUCCUGUCCAGCUGUGCGCUUUACUUCCCCACCACGAUGGUCCUGAUGUACUGCUACGGAUCAAGUUUCCAUGCGAAUCGAUACCGUCUGGCGACACCGAGUGCCGCGUCCCUAUCGCUGCACGCCUCCAGCAGCUGCGGGAACGGCAACACCGGUAACGGUCCGGGUCCGGCCGGAGCCGUCGGGCCAUCGGAUGGGCUGGGGUGUGGCGGUGCUGGCCGGCGAGACGGGGACAGCAUCGAGACGCUGGCCGGUACAACGCUGACGGCUAAUGGUUCCGGUCUGGAGCACCACUCCUGCGAUGGGAAUACACUAACGGGCAUCUCCGCCAUUACGCCGAUGUCGGUUUCCUUCUCCGAGAAGUCACAGUUUGUGGUGGAGGACGACCGACGGAUACACGGUUCGACGUCGCGAACUAUGGCAGCAAUAUCAUUAGGUUUUAUAGUCAUAAUCACCCCCUGGACAAUACAGGAGAUAGUGGCCACGUGCACCGGUUCAAAGAUACCACCAUCGAUUGAUUUCUGUGUCACUUGGAUAGCUUUAAGCAGUAGUUUUUGGAACCCUUUUCUCUACUGGCUGUUGAAUGCGAGAUUUCGAAAGAUUUGCAAAGAUCUGUUAACAUCUAAGUGUACCGGCAGUCAAAGUUCGCUGGAGGAAAAGUGUAGCAUAAGUCUAGAGUACGAUCAUCAUCUCACAGCACUGCCACUACCGCCGGGACCUCCACCGGCCACGAUCUGCCGAUCGGCCAACCACACGCCCCGUCCGGACGUCGAGUGUCCGGAAAAGUACUGGGGCGACAUACUGGAGCGUACCUUCAGCACCACCAGCAUCAACACGCUGCACCGGGUCGGCACGAGCUCGCUCUCCUUCGCUGGUCGUCCUGGUCAUGCGGCCGUUUCAUUCCACUGCGAGGCGCACCAACACCUCGUGAGGAAUGCAAGCAGCACAACGAUACACUACAAGGACAACGGGAAGGAUGGGUCGGACUUUAACGUUCUCUACCCACCCGGGUCCGAUCCGCAAGUGUGCGAUCACGAGCUGCACGACAUUAAUUGCGCCAAAAAUAAGGCGUUUUUCCGCGGCUUCAACUUGCACCAGGGCCUGCCAGAUAUCUAGUAUUGUGGGGCCUCGUGUUCUGGUGUUCUUCACGCACGUACUCGUGUCACAACUUCCCAUGCUAUCGUUUUGAGCCGUGCA